AUGGCGUCCGUUACCCCCGAGAAGAAGCUCGACAUGUCGCUGGACGACAUCAUUGUGCAAGAGCGUGCAAAGACCGACGCGGGGGCGACGUCUGCGGCCACAGACAAGAGCACGAAUCACGCCGAGCACGUCGCAGAGUCAAGUUCGCACCAAGCUGAACACGGCGACGUUGUCCACGACGUGGAGAUGGAGUCGUCAACAGCUGUGAACUGUCGCGUGUAUGUGGGCAAUUUGUCCUGGAGCAUCAAGUCGCCGGAUCUCAAGGAACACAUGGAGACUGCCGGAUCGGUGGAGGCCGCGACGGUUCUCGAGUGGAACGGUCGCUCGAAGGGCUGCGGGGUCGUGACGUACGAGUCGGAGGACGCCGCGAAGAACGCUAUUGCCACGCUCAAUGACACGGAGCUUGGCGGUCGCAAGAUCUUUGUCCGUGAAGAUCGCGAGUCGCAGUCGUCGACGGCUGUGAAGCCGAAGCGCGGCUAUCGCGUGUAUGUUGGCAACUUGUCGUGGACUGUCAAGUGGCAGGAGCUCAAGGACCACAUGAAGAAGGUUGGCACCGUGGUGCACGCUGAUGUGCUGGAAGAGGCUAACGGUCGCUCAAAGGGAUGCGGCCUAGUGGAAUACGCUUCCCCAGAGGAAGCUGCCACGGCUAUUGCGGAGCUCAACAACACGGAGCUAGAAGGACGACUCAUUUUUGUCCGCGAGGACAGAGAACCCGAGGGUGGUAGCAUCUCCAAGUUUGCCAAGCGUGCCGCACCUCCACGUGGUGGUGGCGGUGGCGCCAACGGUGGUGGCAAUGGUGGUGGCGGCGGUGGCAGCGAGGGUCGUCAGCUUUACGUUGGAAACCUUCCGUGGGACACCAAUUGGCAGCAGCUCAAGGAUCUGUUUGCAACUGCAGGUGUGGUGGAGCGUGCCGAUAUCGCCGAGCACUCGGACGGUCGCUCGCGUGGCUUUGGUAUCAUUCGAUACACGAAUGCGGCGGAUGCAUGGCAAGCGAUUGAGCGCUUCAACGGGUUUGAAAUAGAAGGCCGGCUGAUUGAGGUGCGCCUGGACAAAAGAGAGUAA